GUGCCCCCCGCCCGCGCCCGGGCUCCCGCCGCGGAAGCAGCCACCGAGCGUCCGCAGAGAUGGCCGGGGCCUCGGUGAAGGUGGCGGUGCGCGUCCGCCCCUUCAACUCCCGGGAGAUGAGCCGCGACUCCAAGUGCAUCAUCCAGAUGUCGGGGAGCACCACCACCAUCGUGAACCCCAAGCAGCCCAAGGAGACGCCCAAGAGCUUCAGCUUCGACUACUCCUACUGGUCACACACCUCGGUGAGCUGGUGGCACUGCUGCCCAGCCAGGGCGGCUUUCCGGGCCUAUGCCAUGGGGGGCCUCACUCGGCCCCGCUGCUCGCAGCUCUGCGAGGACCUGUUUUCCCGCAUCAACGACACCACCAACGCCAACAUGUCCUACUCGGUGGAGGUCAGCUACAUGGAGAUUUACUGUGAGCGUGUGCGGGACCUCCUGAACCCCAAGAAUAAGGGCAACCUGCGUGUGCGGGAGCACCCCCUGCUGGGGCCCUACGUGGAGGACCUGUCCAAGCUGGCCGUCACCUCCUACAACGACAUCCAGGACCUUAUGGACUCGGGGAACAAGGCCAGGACUGUGGCCGCCACCAACAUGAACGAGACCAGCAGCCGCUCCCACGCCGUCUUCAACAUCAUCUUCACCCAGAAGCGGCACGACGCCGAGACUGACAUCACCACAGAGAAGGUAAGCAAGAUCAGCCUGGUGGACCUGGCUGGGAGUGAGCGGGCCGACUCCACCGGCGCCAAGGGCACGCGCCUGAAGGAAGGGGCCAACAUCAACAAGUCCUUGACCACGCUGGGGAAGGUCAUCUCCGCGCUGGCCGAGAUGAACAAGAAAAAGAAGAAGACGGAUUUCAUCCCAUACCGGGACUCCGUGCUGACCUGGCUCCUGCGGGAAAACCUGGGCGGGAACUCGAGGACGGCGAUGGUGGCGGCCCUGAGCCCUGCGGACAUCAACUACGACGAGACGCUGAGGGAAGCCCUGCUGGCGGAGAUGGGCGUGGCCAUGCGGGAGGACGGCGGCACACUGGGCGUGUUCUCGCCCAAGAAGACGCCGCACCUGGUCAACCUCAACGAGGACCCGCUGAUGUCCGAGUGUCUGCUCUACUACAUCAAGGACGGGGUCACCAGUCUGCCCCCAGGAAACCGCAUCAUCAUGGGCAAGAGCCACGUGUUCCGCUUCACGCACCCCGAGCAGGCGCGGCAGGAGCGCGAGCGCACGCCCUGCGCCGAGACGCCGGCCGAGCCGGUGGACUGGGCCUUCGCGCAGCGCGAGCUGCUGGAGAAGCAGGGCAUCGACAUGAAGCAGGAGAUGCAGCAGAGGCUGCAGGAGCUGGAGGACCAGUACCGGCGGGAGCGGGAGGAGGCCACCUACCUGCUGGAGCAGCAGCGGCUGGAUUACGAGAGCAAGCUGGAGGCCCUGCAGAAGCAGAUGGACGCCAGGUACUACCCCGAGGCGGCCGAGGAGGAGGAGGAGCUGGAGGACGAAGGUGAGCGGCCGCGGGGCAGCGGCCUCCAGCGGGGCUGCAGCCGCUUGGCUCUGCCUCCCAGGACCCCGCAGCCCUGCUCCCGACCGGCCAGCCCGGAGCCCGAGCCCCUGCCAGACGGGGACUCCAGGAAGGCCCCCUCCCCUGUUCGGGUGACCGAGGCGGACAAGGAGCCCCAGCGCCUGCUGGUUCCGGACAUCCAGGAGAUCCGGGUCAGCCCCAUCGUGUCCAAGAAGGGGUACCUGCACUUCCUGGAGCCCCACACGUCGGGCUGGGCCAGGCGCUUCGUGGUGGUGCGGCGCCCCUACGCCUACCUGUACAACAGCGAGCGCGACGCCGUGGAGCGCUUCGUGCUCAACCUGUCCACCGCGCAGGUGGAGUACAGCGAGGACCAGCAGGCCAUGCUCAAGACGCCCCACACGUUCGCGGUGUGCACGGAGCACCGGGGCAUCCUGCUGCAGGCCAGCAGCGACAAGGACAUGCACGACUGGCUGUACGCCUUCAACCCCCUGCUGGCCGGGACCAUCAGGUGGGCCGUCCCCCUCCCCCACGGCGGCCCCUCCCCCCACGCUUGUGAGGAUGCAGGACGAGGUGCCCGCGGGUCUGCCCUGGCUGCACCCCAGGGGCCCGAGGGGGAGUCUGAGCCACGGCACACGCUGGCCCUGCCAGGCGUGGGCACACCCCUGUGGGUGCAGGGCCCUACCGGUGUCCCCCAGAUGUCCCCAGACAGUGCUCCCCAGCGUGAUGGGACGGCCGGGGAGCAGCCUGGAGCUCCCAGGGGAGGGGCGGUGCGGGCCUGGCCGGCCACUCAGGUCAGCCAGCCUGAAGCCGGCCUCCAAGGCCCUGACCCCCGCACAGGUGACUGA